AUGGGCGUCAUUCGCAAGAAGACCGCCACAAGAGGCGGCGAAGGCGGUGUGAAAUACGUUUGCGACGUGUGCUCUGCAGAUAUCACCUCUACUGUUCGCAUAAGAUGCGCCCAUAGUGUCUGCAACGAAUACGACCUCUGUGUCCAGUGCUUCUCGAGCGGCUCCUCCAGCGGUUCACACCAGCCCGCUACCCACCCCUACAGAGUUAUCGAGCAAAACUCUAUACCAAUAUUUGACCGCGAUUGGGGAGCUGACGAGGAGCUUCUGUUGUUGGAGGGCUGCGAGAUCUAUGGCUUGGGAUCAUGGGCCGACAUUGCAGACCAUAUCGGCGGUUACCGUCACAAGGACGAGGUCCGCGACCACUACCUAAAGGUCUACGUCGACUCGCCCUGCUUCCCGCUGCCGAAGCGAUGCCGCCCUGCCGAUAUGGAGCUGGCGCAGGAAAUCUCGCGCGAGGACUUCCAGGCGCGUAAGAAGCGGAGGAUCGAAGAGCGCCGCGAAGCACAGAAGAAUGCACCACUCAUGCCGCCCAAGACCAAGCCAACCGCCAGUGUGCCGUCGUGUCACGAGAUUCAAGGAUACAUGCCCGGCCGCCUGGAGUUCGAGACGGAGCAUGCCAACGAAGCGGAAGAGGCGGUCCAACUGAUGCAAUUCGACCCCGGCGAUGGAAUCAAUCCUCGGACGCAGGAGCUCGAGCCCGAGAUGGAACUCAAACUCACCGUAAUGGACAUCUACAACUGCCGGCUGACCCAGCGUGUGGAUCGCAAGAAGGUGAUAUUCGAGCACAAUUUACUGGACUAUAGGGAGAACCAGAAACUUGAAAAGAAGAGGACCAAAGAGGAACGUGAUCUUCUAAACAAGGCAAAGCCGUUUGCGCGGAUGAUGAACCGUGACGACUUCGAAUCGCUGUGUCAAGGCCUUGUCGACGAGCUCAACCUACGACAAGCCAUCACGCAACUGCAAGAGUGGAGGAACUUGCGGAUCGGGGACCUCCGCAGUGGAGAGAAGUACGAGCAAGAGAAGUCCCAGCGUAUCCAGAAGGCUAUUCCUAUGGGAUCCAUGGACCGCGACCGACUGGCUUCAGCGCAACGGUCUAAGCAGAUCGUUCAGCCGGAGCCCCCGUGCGGCGCCGCCAGCUUGGUCGCGCCGGAGCUUCCAUUCCGACCGGCAUCGAACGGGGCGGCGUCUCAAGAGUCUCACGAUGCUACGACCAACGGCGAGCCGAAGCCGCUCACCAAUGGUCAUACGAACGGGGUCACGAAUGGGGUAGUCACCAACGGUGCCUCAACACCGGCAAGGCAAAAGUUCAUCUCACAGCCCAUCUCGGGUGUGCAGCCGCUUGCGCUCAGUCAGGACAAUGCCCCUGACAUGCAUCUCCUCACGCCAGAAGAGGCGGAGCUUUGCAAGGUUUCGAGGCUACAGCCCAAACCAUACUUGAUGAUCAAGGAGCAGGUGCUCAAGGAAGCCCUCAAGGGCAACGGGAGCCUUAAGAAGAAGCAGGUCAAGGAGAUUUGCCGGCUUGACUCGCAGAAGGGUGGCAGAAUAUUCGACUUCUUCAUCAAUUCUGGAUGGAUUGGCAAGGCAUAG